UGGCGAGACUCAAACUGCAAACGACGGUGUGCUUUGGCCAGUACCCGACUUUUGCUAUGCCGGGACUGGCCUGGUGAAAUGUGUGCGCACUCCUGCCGACUACAGGAGGCACAGCCGCCGUCCAGACGGCCAUUCUCAUCGGCGUCAUUCUUGCGCUGGUCAGUCUGGUCCUGGCCCUGUACCAGGCAGUGAUCAUGUGGCUAUCGUCAGAGACCAGGUGGUGUAGAGCCCAGCAGAGGGUUCCUGGGGUCCUGUUGCUAGACUGGUGUGCUGGGGCUGUGGCCUUCGUCACUGGUCUGCUGCUAACGAUCUCUCUGGCGUUGUACAAAGUCGUGGACGGCGGGAGCGGCAGCGUGGCCUUCCUGGUGUGUGGCCUGGGGGCCAUUUGUCUCUUCUGUGGAGGAGUUGUCGCCUGGCUGGUAGCGCUUUACUAACAGGCAAGAAGAUUUGAACCUGGAUUGGUUCAGAGGAGAGGGCACGCCAUCCGGCCGCCUGAACGUUAACGCGUCCGAGGGUGGAGUGGCAGACGUAGACGUUGAAGAGGACAGGAAGUCUCCGGCCAAACCUCCGGCUGGUGGGGAGCGGAGUCUUCAAUUCGGCUCUCCAGUAUAGAGUGCCGCAAUAAUGAUUAUUUUAGUAAUGAUAAGAAUAAUACUAAUAAUAAUGAUAAUGAUAAUGAU